AUGGUGGACAAUAUCUGGGCGGUUCCCCUCCAGCUCUCCAACUUCAAUAUCAUAGUUGCCGUACUGGGCGGUUUCAUCUCCCUGUUUGGCCUCAUAUCGUACCUACUGAAGGAGAAUUUUUAUCUUUCUGAAGCUCUCAUUUCACUCUUGGUGGGCCUGGCUUUUGGACCCAAUGGGGCAAAUUUCAUCCGUCCCAGAAGCUACGCCGAGUGCAAUCAAAAUGGUGUCUCGGCCGUUCAGUGCCGCGACAACCUCAACGCCAUCACGCUCAACUUCUCCCGGCUGGUCCUGGGCGUCCAGCUGGUCCUCGCCGGCGUUCAGCUCCCUAGCAAAUACCUCAAGAAGGAAUGGAAGUCGGUCCUGCUACUCGUCGGCCCGGGCAUGGUGGCUAUGUGGCUCUCCACGAGCUUGCUCGUUUGGGCCUUUGCUAGGACGCCAAGCUUCCUGCACGCCCUCGCCGUCGGCGCGUGUGUAACACCCACGGAUCCCGUGCUCUCCGCCGUAAUUGUCAAGGGCAAGUUUGCGGACCACAACAUUCCCAAGGAUCUCCAGAACCUCAUCAUUGCAGAAUCGGGUACCAAUGACGGGCUUGGCUACCCGUUCCUCUUCUUCGCGCUCUACCUCAUCAAGUAUGUGGGCUCGGGCGCUACAUCCGGCGGCGCCGGUGAUGCCAUGGGUCUUUGGUUUGGAUUCACAUGGGGAUACACAAUUAUCCUUAGUAUCCUGUACGGCGCCGUGGUGGGCUGGGUGGGUAAGAAGUUGCUACACUGGGCAGAGGAGCGCAACUACGUGGACCGCGAGAGCUUUCUUGUCUUCGCAAUUGCCCUCGCCCUCUUCGUCCUGGGCACGUGCGGCCUCAUUGGAACUGACGAUGUCCUUGCUUGUUUCAUUGCAGGCAACACAUUCACGUGGGAUGACUGGUUCCGGCUGCAGACUAAAGAUGACUCACUUCAACCGACUAUCGACAUGCUUCUUAAUGUCACUAUUUUCUUGUGGUAUGGCGCUUACAUCCCCUGGGACUCCUUUAGCGACAACCCUGUUAUUUCAACCUGGCGCCUCGUCGUUCUCGGUGCUCUAGUGCUCCUCCUGCGACGUCUGCCUUGGGUAUUUGGUAUGCACAAGUGGAUCCACCAGAUUGAGGAGGCCAGGCAGGCCAUUUUCGUAGGAUUUUUCGGGCCCAUUGGCGUCUCUGCCGUCUUCUACCUGUUUGUGAGCAUGGAGUUUAUUGAGGAACAUUUGAGCGACGAGGACAACAUUCCCCGAAGCGACGUCAAGGACCUUGGUGAAACAAUUCGAGUCGUCGUCUGGUUCCUUGCAGUCUGUAGCAUUGUCGUCCAUGGGCUCAGUAUCCCACUUGGAAAGGCGGGAUACCUCGCUCCUCGAACCUUAGGCCGGGUGCUCAGCGAGUCCCUGAACGACGAGCCCCGCGCGCUGAUAGCUUGGCGCAGGAUCCCGGUGCUGGGCAGGUUUCUUGCCGGAAAGGCUAACGACGUCGAGUCCAGGCGUGUCCAGCGCACUACCGUCAUAUCGAGACCGUCAGAUCCUCAUCACCCUCGCUCCGAUGCAAGUACAACGGGCAAUCCGUUGCAGGCUACCUCGAGUCCCGCGAGCCAGAUUGGAGUCGAAUCGGGGACGAUAACUCCUGUUUCGGCUCGUCGCGAUCGGGAGAUUCGGUUCCCUGAUGAG